AUGGCUCCCAUGGCUCCCAUGGCUCCAAGUGCCGAUACAGGGGCUGUAGCAGGGCCUACCGACGGCAACGGCCUUCGCCGUGCUGGUUCUCUCACUGCUCGAUUUCCAGGCGACAUGUCUCACCGGCCUUUGGACAUGAUCAAGAGAGAGCACAAGGCAGCCAAUAGAGCGCCUCACCUACCCACGCGCCACCGGAAGCAGCCCAGUGACACCAUUGACUCGCUAGAUCUGAGCGGCCCGGCUCCAGUGGCAUAUCAUCAUGACGGCCCCUACGAUGCUACCAUGGCGUCUCGAAAUACCAACAAGCUGCUCUCCCCUAUCUCUGCUGUCGAGGGCACUAAUAGGGAGGCCUUGAAGGCUACGCCCCAGGAAUACAUCCAGGACUCUCUUACGAAGCAUGUACCGCUUCAGGGGACUGCCGUUGUGCCCCCAGGUAUGAGGGACAUGAGCGGCCGUGCUAUGGAUUAUAAGGAGGGCGCAGACUUGAUGCGCGAGCCAGAUGCGCCGGGUGGUGCCUAUAAGCGCUUUGACUUUAUCCCCUACCAUGCCGACGACUUGAAAGGCAAGGGUGAGCCAUCCUUUACCAUUGAGAAGGACAGUCGAGAGCAGAAAAAUCAACUUCGAAAGCACAAGGCUUCCAAUAAUGCUGAUGGCAUGGCGUACGAGAUGGAGCCUCGAAAUACCCGCGACCACAAGGACAACAGAGCCAAGAUUCGCCAACGAAGUAUCAGCAACAGCUCACAGGGCCAGGCACAGCAUGCCACCAUGGCCAUGGACCCAGAUGGCUUCUCCACCAACCACGACGUUCGCAGAAGCAACACUACUGGCAAGAAACUUGCUGAUGGCCUCAAGCGCCGGUUUGGCAGCUUGAGACGAAAGGAUAAGUCCAGCCAGGCCGCUUAG